CCAGGAUCCCAGUCGAUGCUAGGAAAUUAGAUCAGUCGGUGUUCAACCAGCGGUACUUGGUACACGUUCGCCGAACGGCCGCGCCAGUUAGACCGUGUUGAAUUCACUUUGGAACGCGUUAUCGGCUUCGACGUAUACCACGAAGUUACUUUUCACCGGCCACGCUACUUCCAUUGUGCCAGCGAUUUUCCAGAAAUGAGGAUUAUCGUCAUUAUCCUGCUGGCAGGAUUCUGCUCUGUCGGGACGGGCGCCUUAACGUUGCAAACGAUCUACGAAUGGUCGUUUCUAGACUUCGCGCUCCCGUACGACGCAGAACUCCUCAGCCAAAUACGUCCGCAGAACGUGGUGCCCACCGGGAUCGCGGUCGGCUCGGACAGGAUCUUCGUGAGCAUUCCAAGGCUGCGCGCCGGUGUACCGUCGACCUUGAACUACAUCCCGAGAAACAUCACCGGAAGCAGCCCGCAGCUCCAUGCCUAUCCUUCCUGGGACUGGCACGCCGCUGGUAAAGGGUACCUGAACUGCUCGCAGCUGAUCUCCGUGUACAGGUCCGUAAUCGACAAGUGCAACAGGCUCUGGAUCCUCGACAGCGGUAUCAUGACGUCAAUCGACGACUUCACACCGGCUUGCACGCCGAAACUCUUGAUCUUCGACCUGCAAACUGAUCAGCUGUUGCGGAUGUACGUCUUCCCCAGGGAGGUUCUGCGGCCCAACACGUUGCUGACGAAUAUGGUCAUCGACGACGCCUCUGCGACCAGCUGCGACGACGUCUUCUUGUACAUUUCUGACACCGCAGGACCCGGUCUCGUGGUCUUCGAUAGUGCCAGAGAUAGAAGCUGGCGACUCACCCACGCCUCCAUGUAUCCCGAUCCGAAUUUCUCUAUGUACAGGAUUGGAAACGACAUGUUCGAGUUGAUGGACGGUAUCGUCGGUUUAGCGCUCUCCACGAGACAAGGAAUGCUGUAUUUCCAACCUCUGGCAACGAAGCGUUUGUUCUCGGUGCCAACUGCCGCGCUUCAGGCAGGCCCUCUACCAUUCGGUGAACAAUUACCGGUCAUCGUGGUUGGCAGCAAGUCUAGUCAAGGCCUUGCCUUGGCCGUUGAUCCUCACAGCGACAUGGUUCUCUUGGCCCCGCUCACCGAAACCAUCGUCGCCAGCUGGAAUCCUCACACCAACGAGCUAAGGACGUUGGCGUACAGCCCUCAGAAAUUGCAGUUCGUCGCCGAGAUUCGACGCGAAGAUCAAGAUCAUGGCAACUUCUGGAUAAUGAGCACCAGCUUCCAGAAGUUCUUCAGACGCGAGGUCAACCCUCACACGAUCAACAUCCGAUUAAUGAGACUGGUACCGCUGGUCGUGUAUUGACAUCACUUUUAGAUAGCCACCUCUUGGAAUGUUAAUAUAACGUUCAUUAUGACGUUAUAUUAAACGUUAAAUACAUGUAACGUUCAGCGUG